GACAACAAAGAUUGGCAAGAAUGACCAGCAUUUAAAGUAUUACAUCACUCAGCAUUUACUAGAAAGUUGCGAGAGUACCAAAUGAGACUUGAGUCAACAAUGUGAAAUUAUCCCAGGCUCGAUGCCCCUUCCUGUGCUGGAAAAAAGAGGGGAUAUCACCUUGGGGGGUCUCUUCUCUCUACAUGACACAGUAGUAGAGCCAAGUCUAUCCUUCACUUCUAAGCCACCAACAACACAGUGCACCAGAUUUAACUUUCGGACAUUUCGCUGGAUGCAAACUAUGAUCUUUGCCAUUGAGGAGAUCAACAGGGAAGGCAAACUACUCCCCAACAUCACACUGGGUUAUAAAAUCUAUGAUUCUUGCAGUACACCUCAUCAGGCUUUGAAGGCAGCCACGGAGUUAAUGGGAAGUGAGAAAGGUUCAGGGGUCAAGGGAGUGACUCAUGUUAACGGUACAUGCCGUGGUAUGGUACCAGCAGUGAUCGGAGAUGGAGGCUCUACACAGUCGCUUGUGGUGGCUCGUUUCUUGGGAGUUUUCCAGGUACCACAGGUUAGUUAUUUCUCCAGCUGUGCUUGCCUCAGUGACAAAAAUCAGUUCCCUGCAUUUUUAAGGACCAUGCCAAGUGACUUUUUUCAGGUAGAUGCACUUGUACAACUUGUCCGUCAUUUUGGCUGGACAUGGGUGGGUGUAAUUGCAGGAGAUGACGCCUAUGGCCGUGGUGGGGCAAAUAUUUUCGUGGACAAGGUCAGGGAGCUCGGUGCUUGUAUUGCUCUGCAUGAGAUCAUCCCAAAGAACCGAGCACAGACUGCCAUUUCAUCUAUCAUUUCAAAGAUCCGCUCCUCUGGGACUCGGGUGAUUCUUGUAUUUGCUGUGGAACAAGAUGCAGCAGCUUUGUUUGAUGAAGCACUCAGAGAGGGGCUCACUGGUAUACAGUGGCUAGCAAGUGAGGCCUGGAGCACAGCUGCAGUCCUCUCGACGCCUAAAAAGUACCAUCAUGUCCUCCAGGGUUCAAUGGGGUUCGCCAUUCGGCGAGCAGUCAUCCCAGGCUUGCGAGACUUUCUGCUUCGCUUGCACCCACUGAACCCAGAUGCCUUUAAUGAUCCGUUCUUGAUACCCUUUUGGGAGGAGGUGUUUCAGUGUAGCCUGGGAGUACGUGCUGAGGGUCAGGAACACAAUGAUGAGGGUAAACCUCUGUGCUCUGGAGAGGAAGAGCUGGGGAAUGUGACCAACAUCUAUUCAGAUGUGUCACAGCUAAGGAUUUCCUACAACGUUUAUAAAGCUGUGUAUGCUGUUGUCCAUGCACUUAAAGCAAUGAGAAGCUGUGUGGAAGGAAAAGGGCCAUUUCCUCUGAAGGCCUGUCCUGACUUAGACAAUUUACAUCCAUGGCAGCUUCUUCAUUACAUAAAGCAGGUGGACUACAUGAAUUCAUUUGGUGAUGAAAUCAAGUUUGAUGAGAAUGGUGACCCUGCAGCCAUGUAUGACCUUGUUAACUGGCAGCUGAGACCAAACGGGGAAAUGGAAUUUGCCACUAUUGGCACAUUUGAUGAGUCGACUGUCAUUGGAGAACAAAAACUCCAGAUCCAAGAGCAGAACAUCAUGUGGAAUGGCAACCAAACCAAAGUCCCUUUGUCAGUAUGCAGCAGCAUCUGUCCCCCAGGUACACGAAAGGCAAUUAGACCUUACUUCCCUAUUUGCUGCCAUGAUUGUGUGGUGUGUACAGCUGGGGAGAUUAGCAAUCAGACAGAUGCUAUAGAGUGUGCACGCUGCCUCCCAGAGUUCUGGUCUAACGAAGAGAGGACAUCUUGCAUCCCCAAACAAGUGGAGUUCCUCUCCUAUAGUGACACCAUGGGCAUCACCCUUAUGGCUAUUUCCCUCAUAGGCUCCUUCUGCACAUGUGUUGUGGUUUUUAUAUUCUCCUGUCACCGAAACACCCCUAUUGUCAGAGCAAACAACUCAGAGCUGAGCUUUCUGUUGCUCUUCUCCUUGACUCUAUGCUUCCUGUGUUCUCUGACCUUCAUCGGCAGGCCCUCUGAGUGGUCCUGCAUGCUGAGACACACUGCAUUCGGGAUCACAUUUGUCCUUUGUAUUUCCUGUAUUCUUGGGAAAACUAUAGUUGUGCUGAUGGCCUUCAGGGCUACACUCCCCGGCAGUAGUGUGAUAAAAUGGUUUGGGACUGCGCAGCAAAAGGUGAUCAUCACUCUUUGCACACUGGUCCAGGUCAUCAUCUGUACAGCCUGGCUGUGUGUUGCUCCACCAACUCCACACAAGCUCAUGCCUCCAAAGAGCGCUGUACUUAUUCUCCUGUGCAACGAAGGUUCGCCUGUAGCCUUUGCUCUGGUCCUGGGCUACAUCGGCCUCUUGGCUUGCCUCUGCCUCCUCUUGGCCUUCCUCGCAAGAAAGCUCCCAGAUAACUUCAAUGAGGCCAGACUCAUCACCUUCAGCAUGCUUAUUUUUUGUGCUGUGUGGGUAGCUUUCGUUCCCGCCUACAUCAGCUCUCCAGGGAAGUACUCCACAGUCACAGAGGUGUUUGCAAUCCUGGCCUCCAGUUAUGGACUUCUGGGCUGCAUCUUUGCCCCAAAGUGCUACAUAAUCUUACUAAGGCCAGAGAAGAACACAAGGAAACACCUCAUGUCUAAAGGUUUUUCUAACAGAUUUUAGGACACCACCAGUAUCUCAUGUUUUCUAUGGACUUCUUUUGUUGUUCUAGCAAAGAUCAAUAAAAAAGAUGCAUGUCUUUACUAA